GGUUGAACCGGUGAACCGGCCGAUCCAAACAAUAAAGAAGGUUUGAUGAGAGGAGCAAACUAUAGGCAUUGAUUUUUUUAUUUGGUGUUGAUAAUUUUGUAAUUUUGUUAAAGUUAAAGGUUAAAAUGGGUAUAAGAAAGGAAUGGGAAGGGUGAAAUUGGAAAAAAUUGAAAGAAGAUUGCAUGAGAAAUUGAACCGGUAGUUUUUCUGGUUUCACCGGUUUUACCGGUUUUUAUCGGUUUAUCGGUUUUUAACCGGUUUUAUCGGUUUUUGAUCGGAAAAUGGGAAACUUGAAGAAAUCCCCACUAAAAUUGGAGCUUUUUCAGUUGAAAUUGUCGACGUGCUACGAUCCUAUUGGUCCUACCUGCCUGAGAUUUCAACCCUCCCAGUUCUUGGGCAUCCUCUUUGUUCCCUGUCUCCCUCCCUCUCCAUCCGGUCGGUCUAUUUUCCGGGAAUAUCCAACUUCCCGACAAGAUUCCCGACCGCGAUUGUUCCACCUUUCUCAUAAUAAUCUUAAAUUGCGUAACAGUUACACGAGUCGGAGAUUCUUCCACGUUCUCCGAUUCAUUAUCUUCGCCUUUCAUCGAUCCUUAAUCUGUUAUGCAACUAUAACUUUACCAGGAUCUAGAAGUUCGGUUGAAUUCUCCCCCUUCGAUCAAAGAAUUUUCGCUUCUUUGUUGCAGAAGUUUCUAAUUUUUUGGGUUAACUGGAAGGUGAAAAUGGCUAGUCUGGCUGGUUCUUCAAGGAAGAGUCUGUCUUUGUCAAAUUCAUCGACGUUAAAGAAGAAAACCUCUUCUGAGAGUGGAGGCCCAGAUUCAGCGCGGAAAUCCUUAACCGCCUCUCGUCCCAUGGGACUGACUGGAGAGCGUACUGUGAAAAGAUUGAGGCUGUCCAAGGCCUUGACAGUACCUGAACAUACAAGUAUUUAUGAGGCUUGCCGAAGGAUGGCUGCUCGUAGAGUUGAUGCAUUAUUGCUUACUGACUCUAACGCAUUGCUUUGUGGGAUCCUUACAGACAAGGACAUAGCAACAAGAGUCAUUGCUCACGAGAUUAAUCUGGAGGAAACACCUGUUUCCAAAGUUAUGACCAGGAACCCUGUAUUUGUUCUUUCAGAUACUCGUGCAGUGGAAGCCCUCCAGAAGAUGGUGCAAGGAAAAUUUAGACAUUUGCCUGUUGUGGAGAAUGGGGAGGUUAUUGCUUUACUUGAUAUAGCAAAGUGUUUGUACGAUGCCAUUGCUCGAAUGGAAAGAGCAGCUGAAAAGGGAAAGGCUAUUGCUGCAGCUGUUGAAGGUGUUGAAAAAAAUUGGGGAACAUCUAUCUCUGGUCAAAAUACAUUCAUAGAGACUCUUCGGGAGCGAAUGUUUAGGCCCUCACUGUCAACAAUUAUUGCAGACAAUUCAAAGGUUGUAACAGUGUCACCAACUGAGACAGUUUUAGCAGCAACAAAGAAGAUGCUUGAAAUACGAGGAAGCUGUGCAGUUGUAACAGUUGAAAAUAAACCACGGGGAAUUCUAACAUCAAUGGAUAUCUUGAUGCGGGUAAUAGCACAAAAUCUUCCUCCUGAAUCUACUCUUGUGGAGAAGGUUAUGACUCAUAACCCAAAAUGUGCCCCAAUUGACACUCCAAUCGUUGAUUCUCUGCAUGUCAUGCAUGAUGGAAAGUUUUUGCACUUACCUGUUGUAGAUAGAGAUGGAGAUAUUGUAGCUGUUGUUGAUGUUAUCCAUAUCACUCAUGCUGCUGUUGCCACAGUUGGGACUAUUGCUGGCAUAAGUAAUGAGGCUGCAAACACAAUGAUGCAGAAGUUUUGGGAUUCUGCCAUGGCCUUACCUCCUAAUGAUGAUGAUGAUGAUGAGACACAAAGUGAAAAUUCCUUGAAGUUGGCUUCAGAGGGACCAGAGACAGGCCAAUCUCAUCCCUUAUCUUCAUCCAGUUUGCCAAAUAUAUUUGCUUUCAAAGUCCAAGAUAGAAGGGGGAGAAUGCAUAGAUUUAUUAGUGAGACCCGGAGUUUGACAGAUUUAAUUACUUCAAUCCUUCAAAGGAUAGGGGAUGACAUCGACCGGAAUAACCUGCCUCAGAUUCUGUAUGAAGAUGAGGAUCAUGAUAAAGUUGUACUGGCAUCGGAUGGUGAUCUUGUAGCAGCUGUGCAGCAUGCAAGAUUAAUUGGUUGGAAGGGUUUGAGAUUGCAUUUAGAUUAUUCAGGAAUACGUGGUCGCAAGAGAAGUACUGGUUCAGGAAGUUUGGAAUAUGCUCAAUCAGAUGCGUGGUCUUCUGCAUACAGUGCUGUUGCUGCAGGAGCUGCAGUAGUUGCUGGGAUAGGUCUAUUAGCAUACAUGAAGAGAGCUGGGAAUUAAAACUAUUGAAACAUUUAUCCUUUCGUGGUUGAUAUGUUGGGCAUAAUAUCUCCGAUACCGAGAGGCCGACUUGGAAAUGGCUACGGCACUUCCUGUGCUUGAUUAUCAAUUUUUAUUUGACAGUAUACACAAAGUCAAGUUUUUGUGUACUUCAUAUUGCAUGGUUUGCUAUGCAGUGUAUAACAGUGAAUACUGUCCAUUUUCUCACCAAAGCAUUUGCACAGCUUGUGUGUGUAUAAAAUAAACACCACGAUCGAAUGGAUAUAAUUUGU